AUGCGCUCUCCAAUCCACCGGAAAUCGAUUGACCAACUGUCCAGGCUCCCCGAUGCCAGCGUCUCGUCGGAUGCUGUAGCCAACGAUAUUCGCUCGGUGAAAGAAGCUGGAGCUGGCGGCCUUGAAAUCCUACCGUUCUACCUGUAUGGCCAAGGAGAAGAGAGCUAUAGGCGAAAUGGCGCCGAAGUUGUUCCUCAGCUUCCCGACUGGUCCAGAUAUGGCUUUGGAACUGCCGCUUUUGUGGAUGUAUUCAAGAACUCGCUUGAAGCUGCUCAAGAUGCUGGUAUCUUACUCGAUUAUGCGCUCGGCCCUAACCAGGGGCAAGGUGUACCGUCCGAUCCUACUACGGUUGGUCUCGCCGUCGAGCUACUGAUGGGUCAAGCAACCGUUACUCCACAGGAAAUUUUCAAUGCCCAUAUUCCUCAACCCCUGCAACCAUCUGCAACGAUACUGAGUGGACUUUCAUUCAUGCAUCCGCUAGAGCAGUUUGGAACCCCAAACUUAAUUGCCGUCAUCGCUUAUCAAACCCAGAAUGAUACUGGUAAUGGAACAGUGCAUCUCAUUCAAAAUUCCUUUGUUGACCUUAGCUCGCUCGUCACCGGGAAUAAGACCCUACUCUGGACCCCGCCAGACAAUAGCCGGGUUUGGAGAAUCUUCUCUUUCUGGGAAGCCUACACUAAUCAGAGAUCAUGCGAUGGCGGACCCAACGCAACAACUGCCUUGGGAAAUGGCUCUUGGACUGUUGAUCAUUUUAGUAAAGCCGGAGCUUUUCGGAUAACCGAGUUUUGGGACCAGUACAUCCUUUCAGAUCAAAGAGUGGCUGAACUGCUUCAUGAUGUUGGUAACUACGCAUGGGAAGAUAGCAUGGAAAUACUCGCUGCCCUAUAUUGGACACCAGACCUCUUGAAUCGGUUCAAGAAUAGCAGUGGCUAUGACUUACUUCCAUAUCUGCCUUUACUCUUCAGCCCUUCUAAUACUUGGAAUGGCGCAUUGCCGGUCUACAACGAGACCUUCGCGUUUGGCAACUCGACCAACGGCGGAGAAUCUCGCUAUCAACUGGAGUAUCGCAAAGCGCUUAAUGAUGGCUACCAAGAGUACCUUGAGCAUUUCCAGGAAUGGACACAUGUCAUUGGCAAUGAGUACUCCACUCAGCCGGCAUACAAUCUGCCAUUGGAAGCCCUCAGUGACAUUCCUCUUGUUGAUGCGCCAGAGGGCGAAUCUCUUGGAUUUGAGCAAUUGGUGGAUGUCUAUCGCCAGUUCGCUGGCCCUGCUCAUCUUUCCAAUAAAAAGAUCAUCUCAACUGAGCUUGGCGCAGUUAACACACCGCCGUACUGGCUCACUGUACCUAAUCUCCUCCAACAGAUCAAGCGUUCCUUCGCCGGCGGCUUCACCAUGAAUGUUAUCCACGGCUUCCCAACUCUUGCUCCCUACGCCAAUACUACCUGGCCAGGAUACACUCCCUUCAUAUAUGAGUUCACAGACAUGUGGAACCCGAUACAACCAGCAUGGCAGCACCUGAAAGACUCACUAGACUUUGUGGGCAGGAAUCAGUGGGUGUUACAGCAGGGGCAGCCCAAGGUUGACCUCGUGUUGUAUGCAUACGCCACACCGUGGUCAAUCAUCAGCAGAUACAAUUCGGAUAACCUUCGGCAUUGGGGCUAUACAUACGACUAUGUGGGACCCGACAGCCUUGUUUCCGCGGAUGCUUUCGUGAAAGACAACAAGCUUGGAAUACCCGAGUACAAAGCGGUAAUCUUCAACAACCAAACAGUCGUUACUACAGAAGCUGUGGAAGCCUUGAAGAACUUCACGGCUAAAGGACUCAAGGUCAUUUUUGUUGGCCCGCCUCCGACCCAAUCGUACCCCAUCAAUGCAGCUAGCCAAGAAGCGUUCAAUUUGGCGAUGGCACGUCUGCUGUCGGGACCUAAUGUACUCCGUGCAGAGACUAUCGAUCAGCUACCGUCGUUACUCAAGGAAGCUGGCGUCACUCCGCGAGUGGGAUUAAGUUGCACGCCUAGCUCGGUCUAUACGGUAUACCGCUCGACCGACGAUGUUGACUACGUAUACUUCUUCAACGACCAAGACAAAUCGCCAAGCUGUGGUGCGAAUAUCGAAGCAGUAGGUGUCGUACCAUAUGUAUAUGACGCAUAUACCGGGACCCAAUCACCGCUUUUACAAUACACAACAUCGGACUCUUCCAUCUCGAUGAUCCCAGCACUGGAAGCGAAUGAAACUCUCAUCAUCGCCCUACGUCGCAAUUCUUCGCAGCCGGCAUGUACGAUGGCCCAAUGGAGCCCCUAUAUCCGUUCUGUGAAAGCCUCAGGGGGGCAUUUGCACGCCAUCGUCACACACAGUCCCUACCUCUUGAGGACUAGCACAGGGAAGGCAACACUCUUCAAUGCGUCGCUUCCACACGCUACCAAACUUACCACCUGGAAGCUCAUUAUCGAAGAUUGGCAUUCUGUACCCGAUCGUUUUGCCAUCGAGAACGAAAUCACCAAUCGUACUUUUGCCAAUACUUCGCUCGUCCCAUGGAGUCAAAUCGAUGUCUCUUUGCAGAACGUUUCUGGUAUUGGCCAUUACGUGACGACGUUUGAGCCUCCUACCGACGUCAAUGUUUCCUCUUUGGUUGGCUAUCUCAAACUGCCAUUAGUUCAGCACACCGCACGCUUGUUCCUGAACGGGAAAUGGCUUGGACCAAUAGACCCUGUCAAUCCUGUUGUACCGUUGAAAGGCCUCGAACAGGGCAAACAGUACGAGUUGAGAAUCGAUGUCUCGACCACGUUGUUCAAUCGGGUGAAGGCUGAGGCAGAUCUGGUCUGGAUGGUGGGACAGGUGGCGAGCCAUAAGGCCGCAAAGUAUGGCAGUACGCCAUAUGAGAAGUAUGGCCUAGUAGGUAAAGUUUCAAUUGACUGGGGUUACAGUAUCGAUGUAGAAUGUUGA